GUCCAUCAAGUCAAAUGAAAACUGAAGAUAGAAAGGGUGAAAUCAAUUUCUGAUAUUAUUAGAAUUAUAAAUCUAAUCUUCAUAACGGAUUCAUGCGGAAUCUCCGAGAGAAGAGAUACACCGCAGUCACAAAUUGCAUUGCACGCUUCUCUCUUUUAAUGCACUUCAACUUUGGAUUUAUCCUUCUCACACAUACUAUAACCUAACUCCACCCUUUCUUCUUAUCAUCCCCACCCCACUACUUCCUUUCUCAUCACAACAAACACAUUUUCAAUUUUUAUCUAUUUUUGAGAACUGGGUUCUCAGUGUUCCACAUUAUUUUUUUUUUAUUUUUUUUGCUUUCCCCUUAGUUAAAGAUCUGGCCUUUUGGGGUUUGGUGUCCCUUGCUUGAGAUGUAACAAUCUGGGUUUCGUUGGGCUGUGUUUUCGUUGUGAAUCUCGUUCCGUGUAGAUAGGUAUCAGGGGUUCCAGGAGAUGGGUGCUGAUCUUGAAGCUAAAUUGUCCAAAACAACUUCUGUUUUUGGUCUUAUGGUUUGGGAAAUAAUUGGAAUUGGGGUUGGAUUGUUUAUUAUUGUCAUCCUUUGUGUGCUCUCAUUUUGCCUUACUUCAAGGAAGAAACCUGUAAAAGCCAGGGACGAGAUUCCUGUUAGUCAUACUCAUAUACCUACGGUCUCAAAGGAAAUCAAGGAAGUGCGGGUUGAGCGAAUGCCGGCAAAUGAAUUUGUUCCUCGGGAAGGAAUACUUCUUACAAUUCAUGAUAAAUCCAGUGACAAAGAAUCAGACAAAGUUAUGCUUCAUUUAGGCGUAGGGAUGAUGAAGCAUGGGGAUAGUGGCAGUUAUUCGGGUUCGUUUCAUGGCUUGGAGAAAGAUGGAGGAGGGUCACAAUCAGGGGAAGAAAUUAGCUCUGGCACAGUUGGAACGUACAAUCCCUCUUCUUCAUACCCUUUAACAGCUCCUUCACCUCUCUCUGGCCUUCCAGAAUUCUCUCAUUUGGGUUGGGGUCACUGGUUUACACUGAGAGAUCUUGAACAUGCUACAAACCGUUUUUCAAAAGAAAAUGUAAUUGGUGAGGGUGGGUAUGGAGUUGUUUACCGGGGACAGUUGAUCAAUGGGACUCCAGUCGCAGUUAAAAAGAUACUCAAUAACAUUGGUCAAGCUGAAAAAGAAUUUAGAGUGGAAGUUGAAGCUAUUGGUCAUGUGCGGCAUAAAAAUCUGGUUCGUCUGUUGGGGUACUGCAUGGAGUGGACUCACAGGAUGUUAGUCUAUGAGUAUGUCAAUAAUGGGAACUUAGAGCAAUGGCUUCAUGGAGCUAUGAGACAUCAUGGAUAUCUUACCUGGGAAGCACGUAUCAAGAUUCUCCUUGGCACAGCUAAAGCGCUUGCAUAUUUGCAUGAAGCGAUUGAGCCAAAAGUGGUACACCGAGAUAUCAAGUCAAGCAACAUAUUAAUUGAUGAUGAAUUUAAUGCCAAGGUUUCUGAUUUUGGCCUGGCCAAGUUACUGGGUGCUGGGAAGAGUUAUGUUGCAACGCGAGUUAUGGGAACCUUUGGAUAUGUGGCUCCUGAAUAUGCAAAUACUGGUCUUCUAAAUGAAAAAAGUGAUGUUUAUAGCUUCGGUGUUGUGUUAUUGGAAGCAAUUACUGGAAGGGAUCCAGUUGACCAUGGUCGUCCAUCACAGGAAGUUAAUAUGGUUGAUUGGCUGAAGAUGAUGGUUGGAAACAGGCGAUCAGAAGAAGUAGUGGACCCAAACAUUGAGGUGAGGCCAUCUACCAGAGCUUUGAAACGGGCCCUCUUAACUGCUUUGAGAUGUGUAGAUCCAGAUUCAGAGAAAAGACCCAAGAUGGGUCAAGUUGUGCGCAUGCUUGAGUCAGAGGAGUACCCUGUACCAAGAGAGGACCGUAGGCAUCGAAGAAAUCGUGAGGUUAACUCAGAAAUUGAAUCCCAGAAGGAUUGUUCUGACACGGAUGGCAGUGACAUUCAGGGUUCUAGAUCAGAAAGUGGAAGAUUCCUGGAUUUGCCAACCAAGAUGGGCAUGGCAGAAGGGUUCAGCAUGGGAUAAUAUUAUUUUGUGGUUUCCUUUCUUUUGGUGUAGAAGGAUAGGUAUUUGUUCUAGAAGGAUAUAUAUUGUUUGUGUAUGAAGGUGGAUGUUAUUUAUGAGAACCCUAAAUAUUGGGGGUGUGUACAGAAUUUGACAGCUUUCCUAGAUUCAUUUGAUAAAUCUGCUGGCCUUGUCACUGGGGAAAGUAAAAUAAACAGUAUGAUUGUACCUUUCUCAAGAGUCAAGACUUGCUUAGAUCCCGUUACAUGUUAUUUGUAUUUCAUUCCUUUUACAAUAAUAGUUACAAAUUUCCCGAUUCUUAUA